AUGGUGGUCCCUGCCGCCCUCAAGGUUGUGCGGCUGAAGCCUACCAGGAAGUUUGCUUACCUGGGGCGUCUGGCUCAUGAGGUCGGGUGGACUUACCAGGCAGUGACAGCCACUCUGGAGGAGAAGCGGAAGGAGAAGGCCAAGAUGCACUACCGGAAGAAGAAGCAGCUCUUGAGGCUACGGAAACAGGCGGAAAAGAACGUGGAGAAGAAAAUCUGCAAGUUCACAGAGGUCCUCAAGACCAAUGGACUCCUUGUGUGAGCCCAAUAAAGACUCUUUGUGCCUCA